UCAUCGCUUAUGUUAUCCUGCUUAGAGACGCUCGUGCGGAGACGCGUUGUCUUUUUCCACUUCAAGUGAACACAGCUGAACUCUUUGUUAAUUAUAUAGAUUAUCGAUAAACUGAGGACCUACUACUAAACCAGGAAUUUCAAGAUAAGCCGGUAGUAUUGAGUAGAAAUAUAAAAGUUAGCGAUCUAGCUGCAGGUAUGUAGUUAUGACGCUACACUGCUAACUAAUAAACGCCGUGGAAAAUGCCGUUUUACUUCCUUUAACAGAUAAACUGCUUCGACCUAAAUGCCUCCCGAAUAUAAACCUGACAGAUGCGGACAUCGUUUUGCCUGUUUUGAGAGGAAAUAACAUUGGUUAGCUUGCUACGUGUUAGUUCACAGACUACAUAACGUUACUGAUUUCACAUGGAAAUUCUCAUUUACUAUCUAACAGAAGUUGUUAUCAACAUAUAUGCUUGAUUAAGUUAACCCCGAAUCAGAUUGACAAGUCUUUCAAUACAUAAGUGUCAGGUUAAAAUAUCAUGUAAGGCAUAUGAAGGCGAGUGAUGAAUGAGAGUGAGAUGCAGCAGCGGUGAGGAAGAGAUCAAUGCCUUGUGUGCUGGAGGAUGAUGCGGAUGAGCUGGAUGAUCACAGUCAUUAAUAGAAGAAUGAUGAAGAUCCUGAUCGCCCUCGCUCUUAUUACCUACAUCGCCUCUGUCUGGGGAACAUAUGCAAAUAUGAGGUCUAUCCAAGAACAAGGGGAAAUGAAGAUUGAGCAGAGGAUAGAUGAGGCAGUGGCACCUCUCAGGGAGAAAAUACGCGAGCUUGAGCAAAGUUUCACCCAGAAGUACCCGCCAGUGAAAUUCUUGUCUGAGAAAGACCGAAAAAGGAUUUUGAUCACAGGUGGGGCUGGAUUUGUGGGUUCCCACCUCACUGAUAAACUGAUGAUGGAUGGUCAUGAACUGACCGUUGUGGAUAAUUUCUUCACUGGUCGCAAACGGAAUGUGGAGCACUGGAUUGGCCACGAGAACUUCGAGUUGAUCAACCAUGAUGUGGUGGAGCCUCUUUAUAUCGAAGUUGACCAGAUAUAUCACUUGGCCUCCCCAGCAUCACCACCAAACUAUAUGUACAACCCUAUCAAGACUCUGAAAACCAACACCAUUGGUACUCUGAACAUGCUAGGUCUAGCCAAGCGAGUCGGAGCACGCCUGCUCCUUGCUUCCACUUCAGAAGUAUAUGGAGACCCAGAGGUGCACCCUCAAAAUGAGGAGUACUGGGGCCACGUGAACCCUAUCGGCCCACGGGCCUGUUAUGAUGAAGGGAAGCGGGUUGCUGAGACCAUGUGUUACGCCUACAUGAAACAGGAGGGAGUGGAGGUGAGGGUGGCUCGGAUCUUUAACACCUUCGGGUCUCGCAUGCACAUGAAUGACGGGCGAGUGGUCAGUAAUUUCAUACUGCAGGCUUUACAAGGAGAGCCGCUGACGGUUUAUGGGCCAGGGUCUCAGACGAGAGCUUUCCAGUAUGUAAGUGAUCUGGUGAAUGGGCUGGUGUCUCUGAUGAAUAGUAACGUCAGCAGUCCAGUCAACCUGGGAAAUCCAGAGGAACACACCAUAUUGGAAUUUGCUCAGCUCAUAAAGAGCCUAGUAGUGAGCAGAAGUCAUAUUCAGUUCCUUCCAGAAGCUCAGGAUGAUCCACAGAGACGACGCCCAGACAUCCGUAAAGCUAAAAUGCUUCUGGGCUGGGAGCCGGUGGUGCCGCUGGAAGAAGGCUUGAACAAAACCAUCCAAUACUUCAGCCGAGAGCUGGAGCAUCAAGCCAACAAUCAGUAUAUCCCCAAACCCAAGGCUGCACGCAUGAAAAAAGGCAGACCCCGACACAACUGAAGAAUUGUGUUCAUCUCUGGGAUAGUGGCAAACUUUUCAGAGUGGGUUUCCCGCCCCUCAAAGAAAAACGUGAUUUUUUUUUUUGGCAAUCUUUUGAAAAGCAGCUCCGAUACAGAACUGCUCUAAAGAGUUUUUUCUCAGUCAAAUGUGCCUCAGAUAUUGAAUUUACAGACUUGGCCUUGCACUUUGGUUUGUCAGUCGUCUGUCUGUUAUUUAAAAUCAGCUUAGAUCAUGUACAUUUUUGUUCUUGUGUGUUUACAUUUUGUGUUUUAAUUGAUGUGACUUUUUUUAUCAGUGUCAAACUAGCAGUGUCUUUUUGAACGGACACCAUUUAUUAUGGCAAUGAUGUUUUGUGACUUGAGAUGUUGAAUGUGGUCGGGAGCAGGAAAUGUCACCCAGGUGUACCAUAAAAGAUUUUAGGACGGAUGGAAGAGAAGUUAUUUCUGCGUUAAACUUUGUGGUGAUUUCAAGCAAAAUCUGUUACUUUGCAUACAGAACUUUGAACCUCUAAUUGAUUUCAAGUGAAAAGGGUAUUUUAAUAAAAUAUUUACUGUGAUUUUCA